AUGACGUUUAUGUUUGCUAAAAAUCAUUAUUAUUCAAAAACUUAUUCGGAAUAUUCGUUUAUUUACACCACUACUUCCAUUCUCACUAUCUCUUUCUUCUCGCUCACUCUCUCCGCCUCCUCUUUCAUCUUUUCCUCCUUCUCCUACUCCUCUUCCUCCUCCGUUGAAUUCUUCUUUCUUUUUUCUUACUGCUCUUCCUUUUGUUUCCUCUGCACAACCUACGGCUCUUGUUUUGAUCGUCUGCCUUCAUUUUCUCCUCCACCAUUUCCUUCACUCUCCUCCUCCUCUUCCUCUUCCUUCCUCUUCCCAUUCGUCCUCUCGUUCAUUAACUCCUCCUCCUCAUUCUUUGUCUUCACCUCUCUCUAUUUCUGCAUCUCCUCCUCCCGCUUCUUAUUCAUGUUUGGCUCUAGUUCUGUUUCUUAUUCUCCUACUUUUCCUCCUCCUCCUACAUCAUCAUCUGUUCAGUUUCCUAUCCUUCCUCUUCCUUCUUCACUGCCUCCUCCUUUUUUUCUUUACUCCGUGUCCUCAACCUCUAAUUAUUCUCCUCUUACUCAUUCUUAG